AAUUUGACACAUUCUAUGUUUUUAGGAUGAGUAUGGCUCAUCAUGGUGUUUACAUCUCUCCAUGAGUCCUCCAGCUGAAGCAUUCUCGGUGGGACGGGCUCGCGACGGCUAGCGUGCUCUAAGGAAAUAUAAAAACGAGGUGGAAUAAACUCUAUAAGUAUCUGCAAAAUUCGUCGAAACGAGCGAGAACCAUCCCUAGCUGCUCUUGCGUCCAUUGCAUGCUCGCCGCGCCCAACCCCUCCAUUCAACAUCUCCAGCCCCCACCUCAACCUCCAUCAUGCCCUCGACAGACCUCACCACCGAACAAGGCCUCCGCGCCUACCUCGACUCCCACUCCAUCCCACACGGCGCCAUCACGCUCCUCACCGGCGGCACCGCAAACUACGUCUACCGCGUGGCCCUCGCAGACGGGAAAAGCGUCAUCUACAAGCACGCAGCGCCGUAUCUCCACUCCAACGCGAACUUCGCCUUCGAUCCCACGCGGAUGGACUACGAGGACCGCGCCCUUGAGAUUCUGCCUCCUCUGCUGAAGAAAGAACUUCCGGAGUCAUGGGUCCACGCCGUAGGCUGGUACAGCUACGACAAGGAGAAAAAGCUGCUGUGUAUCGAGGAUGGAGGCGAGAGGGAGCUGAAGAGGGCGUAUGCGGAUCCGAAGCUGGAUAUCCCGAGGAUUGGGGAGGAGCUCGGGACGUGGAUCGCUGCGCUGCAUAUGUGCUCGACGCAGACCUCGCUUUCUGCUACCGACGAGAAGGAUUUGAAGGCGAAUAAUCCGAUCGCUGUGGCUAUAUAUCGGUACUCGUACAACAAUCUCGCCGGCGCGCUUGCAAAGUAUGGCUAUGAUGCGGAGUUUGGGAAGUAUAUCAACGAAGAGUUCGGGAGCCGGCUUGCGAUGGAGAAUGAGUGCGUUUGCCAUGGAGAUUUCUGGCCUGGAAACGUGCUCGUGAAGUUCCGGGGUGAGGAGGAAAAGGAGAUAGAUCUGACGGUCGUGGACUGGGAGAUGACGAGACGGGGAACAAGCGCGACGGAUGCUGGACAAUUCGCCGCUGAAGCUUUCCUUCUGGAUCGGUUUCGAGGCGGUCGAGGAUUGCUGCCUGCCUUCUUGAACGCUUAUGCUGCGGCAAGGCAAGGAGAAAAGCAGGAUGGUGGGGUCGUUCUUGGGAAAGAGUGGGUCAAGCGGAUGGCGAUCCAUUGGGGUGUCCAUGUUGCAUUCUGGCCAACGGGCGUGGAAUGGACAGAUUGUGAGGGGACAGAGAAGCUUGUGGGUAUCGGUUUUGGUGUACUGAAAGCUGUGGUGGAGGAUGACUGGAAGACCUUAGGCGCUUCGGAGCUAUUCAAGGAUGCUGGUGGUAGCUGUACUGAUCUUUGGAGAACUUCGUGAGAUCGGUUUUUCUUGGAAUCAGCUGCUCGCAAAUCCCAAGAACGGAGACCACCCUUGUGCUCCGACGUCCGCUACUCCAUUCCAUUGCGCGCCUGGCAACAUAUGCUCGUUCCCGUUCGGUCUCUGUUCCGUUUCCUGCCGCCGCGCUAUCUCGUGUUCGAUCAUGACUGCAAUGUCAUCUUCCUGGUACUCCCUCGCAAGCUCGCAAGCAGUUUUUCCAUAAUGAUUUCGAAGCAGUAGGUCUGUCUUGCGCAUUUUGAUCAGGGCUUCCGCUAUCAGUCGCCUUCCACAUAUAGCCGCGUCC